CACACACAACAAAAUUAAUAGAACGAUCGAGAACGGACUGGCGUGAAAAUUUUCGAUAGGCGUUUCAGCCACGGGAAAAGUCUAAAAUAGUUUAAAUAAAUUUACAGGAAGCUUUUGCAUAACAUCUAAAAUAUGACACGUGGAAAUCAAAGAGAUCUUGCCCGCCAAAAGGCCCAGAAGAAACUGCAAGAACUUGGCAAGGGUAAACGCAGUGAUAAUUUAACAGUUGAACAGAGGAAAGCAAGAGAUGCCGAGGUAAUGCGUGAAAAACAGAAAAAGAAAGAGGAGGCAGCCGCUGCGGCAGCAGCUGGAAAAGUCAAAUAAGCUAUAGCAAACAUGCGCAGCUAGCCGUUUCAUAGCAGGCAUUUAAGCCGCCACAAUACAUAGCUCCCGAUAUAGAAUACAUCAACAAAAACAACAAAAUCAUAAAAGCGUACAUUCGGUCAGUCACUCAACUGGGCGUACAUGUGCUUAGACUAGAAAAAGUUGCCACACAGUUGAAAAUAUAGCAAGAAACUGCACAAGUAGAUAUCAAAACUAAAAACAGCAACAUAGGAGAACAUUUAGCUAAUUAAAAUAUAAAAUUCCUGUAGAUAUAUGCCCAAUAUUGAUGCAAGAAACCGAAGCUGCGAAAAUAUUCACCUACCAUUACUUGCAUAUACACUAUAUCGCGUAAUAAUUUGUUGUUAGUAUUCGCCAUUUAAGUAAAUUGUCCUCUCCCUAUAUUUUUUUUCACAAUAAUGAUUGAUGUUGAUGAUUUUUACCUGACUAAAUUUUAACAUUACAAAUGGAAUAUAUUAUUGCAUUAAAAAUUCACAUUUCGGAAUCAUUAUGGAAAAAAGAAAAAGAUUUGAAUGAAGUAAGUUUUAUGUUGUAAGCAAGAAUUAGCAACCUUAAAAAAGAAAUAAAAUAAAAGUGAAUAAGCAACAUAACCAAUUGGCAAUAUGUAGUGCAGACCAAGCGAAGUAAAUGAGAGAGAUAAUAAAGAAUUCAAUUAGUAAUUAGUUACUUAGUAUUUUAAGACGAUAUUAUGCUACACAAAUUAUAUACAAAUAAAUAUGUCAAAUCUAAGCAAAA